CUAACAAACCAAACAAAACAAAAUAACAAAUAUCCUUUUUAAGUUGAGUUACAUAUUUAAAAAAUUAGAAACCAAACAAAACUAACUGAACUAUCUUAUAUACUUGAAUAAAAUGGAUAGCAAUUCAAUAGCUAUCAACACCGAUAUAUAUUCCUAUGAAUACUUUCUUCAAGAAGACGUGUGCAGAUUAUGCUGGUGUAAAAAAGCGGAAAGGGAAUUAAUGUGGAAAAUAAUUAAUACUCAGAGCCUUACUAAAGAUGCAUUAUUUGAUAAGAUACAAGAUUGCCUCGACGUAGAUCUGACCCAGUUAUUUUUUCCAAACCGAGCAUGCCUAAGUUGUUGUGAUAAAAUUGAAAAAUUUUAUGAUUUCAAAACAGAAUGCAAAGAAAAAGAUCGGAAGUUACACCAAAUAAUAAAACAAAAGAAUGACAAUUUGGAUUCGGUUGUAAAAAUAGAAAAAGUAGAAUUUUCCAAUUUGGAAUUUACUAAAACGGACUUGAUUGAUGAUGUUGAGAACUUUUUGGACUGUUUCAAUUCAGAAAAGAAUUCAGAUGUAGACAGCAUGUGCCAGAAUUCUUCUAGCGAGAGACCAAAAAUUAAAAAAGCAAAUUAUCGACAAAAAAAAUCACCCACAUACUGUAAAAAAUGUAGAUUCGAUUUGCGAACAAAAGAUGAGUUUUCUAAACAUAACGAAAAAUGCCACGGGAUUGAAGUGAAUGGAUUUUAUAAGUGUUUUGGAUGUGAGAAGAGGUUCAAAUCUGGUAAAACGAGGCGUGCCCAUGAAGUGACUUUUUGUAAAGGUUUAAAAGAUGGAUAUAAGUGUUAUUUGUGUGAACGCUUCCUGCCUUCAAGAAGUAUUUACGACGUCCAUUUGAGAGAUCACAGGGAAAGUUCUUUUGUGAACUUGCCUGAACAUUUAUUUCGGUGUAGUAAAUGCUCACAGUUGUUCAAAACUAAGGAAUGUUUGAGAGCCCAUGUGGCUGAACAGUGUGCUAAGAAAUUUGUAUGUGAAACAUGCGGCAGAGUGUUCACGAGGCAUGACUACUUGCACAAGCACAAACUAACGCACACGGGCACGAAGCAGCAUGUGUGUCCGCACUGCGGCUUCAGGACAACGCAGCGGUCGUCACUCACCGUUCAUAUAAGGAAGCAUACAGGAGAACGCCCUUACAGCUGCGACAUCUGCCCCCAGCGGUGCAUAUCCAGCUCCAACUUGCAGGCGCACCUCCGGAGGCACGGCGGACUCAAGCGGUAUCAGUGUAACAUUUGCAACAAAAAGUUCGGCUACAAGAUAAGUUUGGAAGAGCAUGUGGCGUCUGCGCACGAGCGCUCGCAGUCGUUCGCUUGCGAGCACUGCAGCGCCACUUACACCCGGCGGCGCGGGCUGAAACGCCACCUCGCGGCCAAACACGGGAAACAUGUGAAGGAAAGCGACAUUACGGCCACAGAUAAUCAAGAUAAAACGAAGAAGGAUGAGUUAAAAAGUUUGGAAGUGAAACAGAGUGAUUUUGUGAUAAGUGACAGUUUCAAUGUAUGA